AACCAACGUGGACAACCGAGAUCUGGUAAAUUGUUUAGCAUUUGCUAUAAUGCAUAAAAUCUUGGUGUGGGUUAAAUAGCUAAACCUUCAAGACUACUAAAUCUUUUACAGGAACUCCAGAACAAUCUGACACUCCAGUGUCUGCUAAUGACAUGUGUCCCCUUGCUGAAUGGCCAUCCCAUGCUCGCCGCAACUGUGCGCUACUACAGGAUGGUACUUGCUUUCGUUUACAUUUGUGUCAUCAUUUCUUACAAUCUAAUACCAAGUAAUACAAUUUUUCUUGUAUGAUUUGGGCUGUAGAAGCUGGUGGACAGAAGAAGAAAGGGCGAGGUGUUCUAAAAGGUUUUAAAGCAUCUAAGAAGCGUUUUGCCAAUGGAUCUGCAAAGCUAAAUAUUACAUUCUCUGGAAAAUUGGGUGGUAUAGUAGGAAUGAACUAUCGUUCGUUCAAGGAUGACGUGGUAGUCAUAAUGAAAAGAAAGUUACCACUCAUUGGAGUGAGGACGUGGUCGGACAUUCACCCUACCAUUCAUGGACUCAUUGUUGCAGACAUGAUAGACAUAUGGGACUUGGAAGAUACACCAGAAACAGAAGAAAAAGUUCUCAAAAUUGCGAAAGAGCGAUAUAGAGGCUGGCGAUCAACUCUAAGCUCCACUUACAAGGCAUACAAAACAGAUGCAGCUAGAUUGGCUAAUCUGCCAGAAGAUUUGCAACCAGAAGAGUGGGAAUGGAUGAUUGAGUACUUUGGCACUGAUUCAAAAUUUCAGGAUCGCAGCCAAAAGAAUGCCGAUAACCGUAAGAAACAGAAGACAAAACACAUAAUCGGAUCAAAAUCUUACUCGCAAGUUAGUUUUGAGAAGAGAAACUUGGAAACUGGAGAAGAGCCAGAUUGUAUUGCUCUGUGGGAACUCACCCACAAGAACGAUGGAACAUGGUCUAACACAGAUUCCCAGAAAGUUUACGACAAAGCACUUCAAGAGGUUAAAAUCAAAGAAACUGAAAUUGAAGGUCCACUUUCAAGUGAGCAGAAAAACAAUAUUUUCCAGACCGCUUACAAAGACACUCUGGAAUGCAAGUCAUCGCUGCCUCGUGGGUACGGAUACAUGGCCAAAACUUCAACUGGUUCUGAAAGGUUUCGUAUCCAGAUCGAAGAGCAAGCUCGUGCUACAGCAGCCACCCAGGAGCAAAACUCUCAGCUCAGCCAGCAGGUCAACGAAUUAGAAGAUCAACUACAAGCUGAACAUGCAAACACACAAGAGAGGAUUAACUUGGAGCGUGCUUAGAGAGAACAACUUGAGGAGAGGUUAAAAGAAGAGUGUGCUGAAAGGGAAAGAUUGUUGCAAGAGGAGCGAACAUCAAGACUGGAAUUUGAAAGAAACAUGAUGGCAAAGUUUGUAGAAUUGAGCCAACAGAUGGGAACCCAACAGGUGCCUACGAAGAGGGUUGACAAAGAAAAUAGUAAUCCAAACUUG